AUGGACAACUGUGGCACAGAGAAGAUUGGGAGAUUCUGGGCUACAAAUUCAUCUGACGACUGUCUGGACAUCGCCGUGAUCGGCGGCGGUAUUGGGGGCGCCUACACCGGGUGGAGACUGAGGGACAGAGGUCUCUCCAUCUCCGUGUUCGAGUACUCGGACCGAGUCGGGGGGAGACUCUUCACUGCCGAGCUGCCUGUCGCCCCGGGGACGUACCUCGAUUUGGGAGGGAUGAGAUUUAGGGGAAGUGCUCACACUAUCUUAACGAGAACAGCGACGGAGCUUGGUCUGAAGAUCAUCCCCUUCCCCCUUAGAUAUGGAAAUGCAGAUGAGACGAUCUGGAACAUCUUUAACAAGAACCUCAUCUUUUUUAACAACUCGACCAUGUACCCCAGCCCGGACGACCUGUAUAAGAUUAAAACCGUGGAUGGCACUCUGCUGUACAAAAUGUCGCUUGACAACGUUUAUGGACGUUUUGCCAGUCGGGAGGCGUACAGAUACCUCUCUGAAACAGGUGGCUGGGCUACUACUGUGGGCAGUCACGGAGCCCUCAACGGUCCAACAAUCUCAUUGUCAUACCCUGUGACAACAGGGCCACCUGAAGAAAUUAAUGCAAUAGAUGGUGGGAUGGGGAAGGUGCCACUGACUUUAAUGGAGAAAUUCCUGAAUACAAGCACCAGCCACAAGCUCCACCUGAACCACCAACUGAUGAAGAUAGAGAAGAGACAGGCUGGAGGAUACAACCUCGGGUUCAGGAAGACUCAGACAACAGACGGAAUCACAACUCCUGUACAGGUCAGUGUCCUCCCUGUAGAACCAUGUGAGAGCAGCACCGAGUUCAUUGAGAGCGGUGGGUGGAUUUUGACGUUGACGUAUACGUCUGCCAACGCCCCUGACGUGUUCAGAGGAGGGAAUAUGGGUAACAAAGAAGUGACCAUAUGCGCCAGGAGAGUUGUCCUUGCUGUACAGCAGAGAUGCAUACAGGAGAUAGACAUCCCAGUGUUCAAGAACAACCCUGACAUUGUAAAGAAUAUAGAUUCUCUUGUUGGUAUCCCUGCUGGUAGAAUCUACCUGGCCUACAACACCAAAUGGUGGAAGACCGGCAACCCAGACAUCACCCAUACCAAGAGUGACCUACCCAACAGACAGACCUAUGACUGGUCCACCGGCACCAACAACGUCUCCAUCAUCAUGGCGUCCUACCACGACGGGGACUUGGUACACUACUGGCGAGAACUGAGUCAGUUCGGGACACCCAUCCCUGGCAGUCUCCCAGGAGUGAAUGCCGUUACCGACGUCGUCAAGAAGAGAGUUGAGAAGUACCUGAGCGCCAUCUACAACGUCAGCCAAUCUGACAUCCCUGAGGCUGUAGGAGGCGCAAUGAUGUUGUGGGACAAAUAUCCUUUCCAAGCUGCAUGGGGCGAUUUCAAGCCAGGGUUUGAUGACAGAAAAGUUCGUGACAUGUUGUAUAAACCAUCUGCGUCCGAUGAAAUAUACCUUGUCACUAAUUCAUGGGCACCUGGUAAUCUUCAAGGAUGGUCUGAGGGAACGCUGAUAGCUGUUGAUGCUGUCAUCAACAGAUAUUUCAAUGCCAGCAAAUAG